AUUCUACAAGCCACCUCUCUCUCACACACACACACAAAAAGUUAGAAUACCUCAACGCCACCGGCCAGAGCAAGCAAGGAAGGAAGCAUAUUCGGUACAUGCUCCCUCUCCUAAACAUGCAAGGUCCUGCACAGAGCAGCAAGCAGCUGAUGAGGACGGUGUCCAUCUCCAUCCUAGUGAUGUCGCUGCUGUUGCUCUACGUCUCCUUCCUCCACGUCCCGCCGGCCGCCCUCUUCAAGGACACCACCUUCUGGUUCCUCAUGUCCAACUCCAUCAUCAUCGUCAUCGCCGCCGACUCCGGCAUGCUCUUCUUCGGCUCCUCCUCCUCCUCAUGCUCUGUCGACGCCGAUGUCGACGAUGGCCUCUCCUUCGUCGUCUCCGGCGGCGAGCCGGCGGGCGUCAAGAACGGCCACGCGUCGACGGGUGUCUCUGUCUCCGAAGAGGUGGACAUAAUCAAGAACCAAGCAUUGCUUCUGAUGGAGCAGGGAGACCUGAUGGAGGUGAUCGCCGAGAACGAACGCGCGUUGGUUGUGAGAGAUGAUCAAGGUGAACGAGUCGCAAGCGAGCCGGAGAGCAGAGAGAUUAUGGCCAUAAGCCCGCCCUCUGCCCCCGCCGCGGAUGUCGGUGCCGGCGAGGCCGUGGCCAUGGGCGGCGCAACGGUGCGGGCAAGGCAAAGGCUGACGGCGAGCAGGAGCCUCGCGAGGGAGGAGAGGACGAGGAGGAGGCACAGCCACAGGCCGUCGCACUCGCACGCGCUGGUGGCGCCCGUGCAGGACAAGAGCGUGGUGGUGAGGGAGGAGAGGCAGCUCCGGCGCACGGCGACCGAGGGGCGGCCGUCGGCGGCGGAGGAGACCGAGAAGGAGAGCGAGUACUCGAGGCUGUCGGACGAGGAGCUGAACCGGAGGGUGGAGGAGUUCAUCUCCAGUUUCAACAGGGAGAUCAGGCUGCAGCUGGAGAAGGAACAAGCUAGCUUGAUGCAUGCAUCCGUUGUCCAUGCAUGAGCGAGGUGUUGCCUCCUAGCUUGUGCAUACCAAGCUCUCAAGUUCCAUGCAUGUCAUGUCCAUGUAGAUGCUGCUAGUUGUUAGGAUCCUGUAUUUUUAUUUUUAUUUUGUGUAUGUGUCUGACUGUCUGUAUGUGUGAGUUGUACUAGUAGCUUCUUCUUUGUUGGCUCCUCUUGGUAGUCUUCUGGUGCAGAAGAGUGAGAUGAGAACGAGAGGGACACCAAGAUCAAGGAUCAGAUUUGUACAUCAAAAUGGAGAGAUGCAUGGGCACCCAAGAUCGAGAUUGUGUAGCAGAGGCUUUGGUUUUUUGCAUGCACGGGAGUAAUUAAAAAGAAGAUGCAGAGCAAGACAGAGCUGAAUAAGUUUGCUGCUGCCUUGUUCACUGCAAGUGUCCUCUGCCUACGUCCUGCACGGCUGCACCAAGAUCGUCUUGUCUUGUAGAAUAUUGGUCAGAAAAGGGGGCCCACCGCGAGAACUCCAGAAUUUUAUUUUUUGAAUUGAACUGUUUUAUCAAACGAAACUUAAGUUAUCUCUGUAAAAGAAGAAAUGAUAAACAUGCAAAAAAAUUGAGAACUUUAAGUUUUGGAUUGGACAGAAUCCAAAAUUGCACUUUUCUUCUUAAA